CAGGGGGCGAGGGAGAGGCGGAAGAGGAGGACGAUGGAAUAGUCAGGAUGAAGAGCCUAGGAGGUGGACGCCGAAAAAGGGUGAUGCGGAUGCGAUGAGGUUGCUCAAGGGGAUUAGGGAGGGCAAGGGAAGGGAAAAGGAGAAAGAAGCCAUGGCGGAGUUUGUGAGCUUGGUUGAGGAGGUCUGUGGGAGGAGUGACGAUAAGGAGGGCGAUGGGGUUUGAAGGAAAGGCAGAGGUUCGAAUAUCUGAAGGAGUAUCACCAUGCAGAGACCGUUGAGUGUGCAAGCACUCACGAAAAGCUCGUGGUCGUCAAUUCUUGGUUACACAGGGGUAAUCACAACUGCUGGUACGAUGGCUAAGCGGGCUACUAGAAGGAAAGGAGAUAGCCAAGAACACGAGUCUGGGAUGAAGAUGAAGGAUUAGAAAUGUUAAUUCGCCAAGGGCCCUCUGGACUACCACCUGGAAACGAAAGCUUGUAGCGAACCGCGAUCCCAAAUGUCUACCGGUCAUAUAACUUAGAUGUAAGAUAUCCUUGUCAAGCGUCAUGCAUCGAUCUAAAAGUCUGGAACGGCGGAUAGAUUGUUAGACCAUCCUAAAAGCGGCAGGGGGAUUUUUAAGGUUCCAAGUGGGCAAAGAGAUGAAACUCGACGAGGCGUACUCGUACCUGAAGAUAAAAUAAACACAGGAUUUAUUAAAUCACUAGAUACCAGCAACCAGUUGUUAUUGUAGUUCCCCGUACACUAUUUAAUGCGAACUCUAAAAUUCAC